GCCCUGUUUGCCUCAAUAAAAAACGAUUUAGAACUACUGUAACUGUUAUGUUGUGUGUAUUCGCGUGUCUGCUACAAACAGACAUCUGUGUUAUGUUUGAUCAAAUAAUCAAAUGGAAUAGCCUAUUGCUCGAGCUACAUGAAGUGAAAGGUAUCGUACCAGAAGGUGGCAGUCGCAUGCACUAAAAAAUAACGCUUUGACUAUUUAGGCAAUUAUGAAAUGUGAUUUGUCUGUUUAUGAUAUAGGCUACAGAGGAUUUGCCUGUGGGGUUUGUAAUCCUUUACGCACACAUUAUAUGCAGUUUAGUCAUAAGCAUAAGCCCUGCUAUUCAGUUCAAACACUGACAUUAUCAAGGCAGAAGAAAACCUGCUAAUGUGAACAAAUAGCCAAGCUACACAAAAACAUUUCUGACCCAACACAUUAGACGACUAUCGCAAAAUUAGCUGCCGUUCAAAAGAAUGAUUAUCCAAUAUUUUAGUGUCACGAUGAACUACUAGUGAACACUGUGUCGUGUGUUAUAGAAACAGGUAGGUUGUGGGGGGAAUCAAAUAAUCUUUAAAUAAAGUAUGCCUAGUAGGUCCUCAUUAAGGUCUGUCGGCUGAGUGCUUCUUCUCUAAGCCCACUCAUGUGCAGCAACAUAGUAACUUCUGUCCUUUUUUUUUUCCAGACGUCAGUUCCUUAUUUGGAAAAGGAAUUUAGGAAACAAGUGGUUUAACUGGCACUUUUGCAGGCCAAUGAGAGUAAAGCAUGCGCACACUUGCCCAAUCAAAAGUAUCCGGUUCCUCUGGCAAAUAAAACUUGGGUGAGAGUUGUGAAACUGUAUUUACGAUGUAACUGUCCCCCGAUGGCUUAGAAGCUAAGCGUUCGACUGUACAUAUUCCUCCGAGGGAAUCAUGCAGGCAAGUUCUGGAAACAUUUGGGAUGCCUUGGAAUCGUUAUCCUAUCUCUGGCUCAUAUUAAGUGCCGAGGCUUUGCUGGUGAGCGGACAGGAGGGGAAUGGCUGUGGACACUCAGUCCUGGGUACAAAGAGUGGUACCCUGACCUCCAUGAACUACCCUGGCACGUACCCCAACCACACCCAAUGUGACUGGAGGAUACGGGUGCCACAGGGCAAGACGCUGCGCCUUUUCUUUGGAGACUUCAACCUGGAGGAGAGUGAGAACUGCCAAUCAGGGUCCCUCACCAUUGCUGAUGGCCAAGAGGCCGUGAUACUGGGCCCGAUGUGUGGGCAUUUGGAUGCCGCUGGCAGGAAUGUGACGGUGAACAGCAGUGAGGUGACAGUGCGCUUUGUCUCCGGCACGCACCGCUCCGGACGAGGCUUCCUGAUGUCCUACUCCACCAAUGAGCAUCCAGAUCUCAUCUCAUGUCUACACAAAGGGACCCACUUCUCCCCACAGCACUUCAGUGUGUUCUGUCCUGCGGGGUGUAAGGAGGUGAAGGGGGACAUCUGGGGCCGGUCUGAGCCAGGCUACAGAGAUACCUCUGUGCUGUGUAAAGCUGCCAUCCACGCUGGGGUGUUUUCAGACAGCCAGGGAGGCCAGCUCCGAGUGUCUCAGGAGAGAGGCAUCACCCUGUACGAGUCCAGCUUCGCCAACGGCAUCCUCUCCAAGACGGGAUCACUGUCAGAUAAGAAGCUUGUCUUCACCAAAGCUUGUAACGGGCAGCUGGCGGUGGCGGCAUACAACAUGUCCACGGUGUGGGAGGACACGGACGGACUGGGCCAGCGCGUCACUUGGAUGCCAGGCGCCAGCGAUGCCACAGGGCAGCCUCUGCAGUGGGCAGCCAGUACUGCUGACAAGGAGCCCUGGCUGGAGCUGGAGCUCCGGGAGAGGAGCACCGUCACAGGAAUAAUACUUAAAGGAACGUCUAGAUUCUACAUAGAGUCUUACUCACUGAUGUACAGCAAAGACCGCAAGACCUGGAAGCUCUACAAGGGUGCGCUCAGUAAAGACAAAAAGGUGUUUGAGGCUCAUUCGGACGGUCACGUGCUGGUCCUCAACAGCCUGUUUCCUCCAGUGGCGGCCCGCUACCUGCUCCUGCAGCCCCUCACCUGGCACCUGAGGGCCUCGGCCGGGGUACAGGUGCUGGGCUGCCCCAUGCCCCGGGGGCGAUCAGGUGUAUAUGUGAGUAACAGGAUGCCGCUCCCAACAGAGAAGUUGCCUUUGGAGCCAGUUACCACGGAGAGUCCAAUUUUAAUCGAAACCUCAGACCAGAGUUCCAGUCAGCCAAUGAUUGUGGCCGUGGGCGUCAUCCUUGGGUUGCUGCUAUGUGUGGGCUGUUUAGUGGCAGGGCUGUGGUGGCGGAGGAGACGAAGAAAGACACAGAUGAAGAAAUGCUCUUUGGACAAAGAUUGCCAUGGAUUCCACAUAAAGACUCUUCCGGGUGCGGACUCGGAGCUCACGCCCUACCCUCUGACCAGGAGCGUCCACGACGCCCUUCCCAACCCUCCCCUUAACGACUACGCUGAGCCGGACGUUCUCUCGGGAGGAGCGAAGCUGGCCUCCACCUUCCGUCCCUCCCUGGAAGAGGGCUACACCACACCCUUCACCCUCAACCACUACGACAUCCCCGGACGGCUCCCCGAAUACGCCGAGCCCCUUCCACCUGAGCCCGAGUACGCCACACCCUUCGGUGAGCAGCCCAUGGAUCCCUCGUUGACGCCCCCUCUGGCGAUGCUGCAGAACAGCAGGCACUUACCCCAACAUGGCAUGAGGAUAGUCCCAGGGCUGGCACGCUACGACAGCCCGCCGCAGAAAGGCCUAGCCAACGGGUACUGCAGCCCAUCAUCCCUGGCUAGUGGGGCACAGAGGGACAGUGUGGUGUACGCCGAACCACAGCCCGUGGAGCCGCUGCUGAAGCACACCUACCAUGAACCACUGUGAAACAAAAACACACCUCAGACGACUACUAAGGGAGCGGGGCAGGCAGGAGGAGGCAGGCCCACACACCUUAGACUGGAGGGGCGCUAGAGGCCACACACGCACUGUGUACAAAGAGGAGACAGAGGUUAACCACACUGAGACUGAGAGACAUGCCCACGGCUGGGCUACGCUCUGCUGCCUAUUAGCUAAGCCCUCACAUACAGUUCAUGAAGACAUUGUUCGAGUGUUACUGUUGCGGUCUGAAAACAGGUGAUGUUAAGGUCAAUGAUAAACUAAAUGCUAUGCAAAGCACUAUGCAGUCUGAAGCUGAGUGUUAUGUGUCCAUGCCUACCUUUGAGUCCUCUGACAACGCUAUAAUUGGAGAUGUAUUUGAUUCAUUAUACCAUACCGUUUCAUUGACUAAUGACUGAAGAAUUAAGUAGACUGUAAUUAGGAUUACAAUCUGGAUAUUUCAGGUAAUCUUUUGUGAGGUCUGACAACAUUACUAAAUCUUGGAAAUAUUUACCACUGAGGAAACAUAUUUAACUGUUAAUAAAUGUGUGUGUGUUUGUAAAGUGUAUGUAUAGAAUGGUGUGUGAAAGUUUAAAACUAUAUGGCAGCUAUUUACUUUUCCCUGCCUCUGGAUACUGAAAUAGGGCACUUUUGGUAAUGGCAAAUUACUGCCGGGGUUUGAAGUGUUUUAUGGAAUAUUACAAAUAAAGAUUUUAAAACACCUUUUUAUACAAA